AUGUCGGACGCAAUUGUGAAACAGAUCGAAGAGCAAGGAAACGAAGUUCGUCGUCUAAAAGGCGACAAAAGCUCUACCGAGGAUGCCAAAAACGAGGCAAUUCAGAAGCUUCUUGCGCUGAAACUGGCCUACAAAGAGGCCACUGGUCAGGACUACGCCGCUCCAAACGCCCGCCAGUCGAAACCAAAGAAAGAAGAAAAACCAAAGGAGAAGAAACAACAACAGGAGAAGAAGCCAGAUGGAAAAAAACAAACUCUUCUGGGAGUUGGAACGAAGAAAGAUGAGAACUAUUCGGAAUGGUAUUCCGAAGUGAUCACCAAAGCCGAAAUGAUUGAAUACUAUGAUGUAUCUGGUUGUUAUGUCCUUCGUCCAUGGUCAUUUGCUGUUUGGGAAGCUAUCCAAGCAUGGUUUGACUCGGGAAUCAAAAAACUUGGAGUCAAGAACUGUUACUUCCCAAUGUUUGUGUCUAAUGCUGCUCUUGAGAGAGAAAAGACUCAUAUUGCUGAUUUCGCACCAGAAGUCGCCUGGGUUACAAGAGCCGGACAGUCUGAGAUGGCUGAACCAAUUGCUAUUCGUCCAACUUCUGAGACAGUCAUGUAUCCAUCGUACAAGAAAUGGGUACAAUCUCAUCGCGAUUUGCCAAUCAAGUUGAAUCAAUGGUGUAAUGUUGUGCGCUGGGAGUUCAAACACCCAACUCCAUUCCUCCGUACUCGUGAAUUCCUCUGGCAAGAAGGUCACACCGCCUUUGCCAAUCCAUCUGACGCCGAAAAGGAGGUGUUCCAGAUUCUGGAUCUCUACGCGGGAGUCUACAAUGAUCUUCUGGCUAUUCCAGUUGUCAAGGGAAGAAAAUCCGAGAAGGAAAAGUUUGCUGGAGGAGACUUCACCACCACUGUCGAGGCUUACGUCGCAUGCAACGGACGUGGAAUUCAAGGGGCAACAUCACAUCAUUUGGGUCAAAACUUCUCAAAAAUGUUCGAUAUCUCUUAUGAAGAUCCAGCGAAGGAAGGAGAGAGGGCGUUUGCUUGGCAGAAUUCAUGGGGAUUGUCUACUAGAACCAUUGGAGCAAUGGUUAUGAUUCAUGGAGAUGACAAGGGAUUAAUCCUUCCACCACGUGUUGCUGCUGUUCAAGUUAUUGUGGUUCCAGUCGGAUUCAAGACUGAGAACAAAGAGUGGUUGUUCGAUGCUGUUGAUAAGGUCACCAAGGAUUUAGUAGCUGGAGGAAUUAAGGCUGAGCAUGAUUUGAGGGAAAACUAUAACGCUGGCUGGAAAUUCAACCAUUGGGAGUUGAAGGGAGUUCCAAUCCGGUUCGAAGUUGGACCAAACGAUUUGGCAAAGAACCAGGUCACCGCUGUGAUUCGUCACAAUGGAGAGAAGAGACAGAUGUCGUUGGAUGGGUUGAGUGAGGCUGUGAAAACUCUUUUGGAUGAGAUCCAUGAUGCUAUGUACCAAAAAGUUCUCGCCCAACGCGACUCUCAUCUCAAGACUACUACGUGUAUGGAAGAAUUCAAGAAGCUUCUCGACGACAAAUGCAUCAUCCUUUCCCCAUUCUGUGGUCUUCCAGAGUGCGAAGAAGAAAUCAAGAAGGCGUCGACAAGAGAAGACGGAGAAGGUGCCCAAAUGGGAGCUAAGACUCUUUGUAUUCCAUUGGAACAGCCAAAACAAGAACUUCCAUCCAAGUGCAUCUUCCCAUCGUGCUGCCAUGCAGCCAAGGCGUUCGCUCUUUUCGGAAGAAGUUAUUAA